GUUCUCUCGUUUGUUUACAUUGCGUUUCGCCGCAUUUCCUUUUCGCUAGUUCAGUAAUAGUAGCGUUAUUUUCUCACAUUAUUCCAAUUUGAAACAAACUUAGCUGUAAGCACAUCGUGUAAGUUGCUACCGCGACCGCGGUUAAUUUCUCUUUUCCUGCAAUUUUUUUCUUUCGCGGAACUGUUGAUCGGAUUGUUAUUUACAGCUUGUGAGGUAUGGCCAAAGACAAUGUUAUGGCCAAAGACAGUGGUUUGGCCAAGGAAACUUGUGAUCAAGUCUUCGAGAAGAUCUCCAAAAACGACAUCGAGGGGCUAAGAACUUUGCUUGCAGAUCUGAGAGAUAAACCUGAUUUCCAUGACGAGCAUGGUAUGAGCCCUCUUCAACAUGCCGCUUACAAGGGAAACAAGCAAAUUUGCCAAAUGCUCAUUGAUCAGGGGGCAGAUGUGAAUGCUGGCAAAUAUGAGCAAGGGUACACUGCCCUCCAUUUCGCUGCUCUCUCUGGAAAUAGUGAACUUUGUGCCAUCCUGUUGGCAGCAGGUGCCAAAAGUCAUGCUACCAAUUCAAUUGGUCGAACUGCAUCUCAAAUGGCUGCUUUUGUAGGAAACCAUGACUGUGUGGCUGUGAUUAACAAUUUUAUGCCAAAAUCUGAAGUUGAAUAUCUAACGGUCCCUCAUGGUUUAGAAACAGAGCCCCAACUACCUCCUCUACUGGCAACACCUCUUCAUAAUUUGAUCAUGCAAGUCAAUGUUCACCCGAUCCGGGUAGCUUUGAAUUUACACAAAGUUCUUUUAGACAAUCUGGAUGUUACGAAGAAAGCUCUUCAUACUCUCUGUGAAAAAGAAAUGAAAAAAGGUCAAGGAUCAAGCGAAGUUUUGGCUUUCAAACUUCAUUACCUAGCUUGUGUAGUUGGAGAAGUUGCAAAACACAGACAAGCAGAUAAACAGAAUGAUGUUGUGACAGCAUUUGCAAAAACCUGUUUGAAUCCAUCACGAGGGGAAGAAUAUGUAGAGCAAUUCAUCCGGGAUUGCGUUCGUGAAUUUCCAUUUAGAGACUGUACAAUUUUUAAACAGAUGCUUACAACUCUAGCCAAAAGAGAUACAUCACCACCUGGAGUAGUCGUCAUAUCAAAUGCAAUCAAUGGUCAGCGAGGUUUCAGCGAUGGUUCUUCCCAGUGUGUCACUUGUGGACAAGAAAAAGUGAUCAGAAAAUGUUCUAAGUGCAGAGCUGUUCAAUAUUGUGAUAGAGAGUGCCAGAGGUUGCAUUGGUUUGUCCACAAGAAAGAAUGCAAUAGGGAAACAACCAACUCAAACCAAAAUGGAGUUAAAUAAUAUCACUCAUUAAUUCUCUGUUACUUCCAGCUAGCUAGUUUACCAAUAUUUUCCACUUUUGUUCUUAUUCUUUGUUUUUUUUUUUUUUUUUUUUUUUUUUUUUUAAUUUUAGUUUUAAUUUCCUCUAUGUUUGAUGUUCGUGGUUUCUUUCAGUAAAACUUUAUUUUCUUUUUCUAA